AUGAGUUUACCAAAACCAGGUGAAAAACGUCAAAGAUCAAUCACCGAUAUGUUUGGAGGAAACCAACCCAACACGAAACCCAUUCCAACGCCCAAUUCAACCACAAGUUCAUCCAAACCUACUAAAAAACCUAAACUAAAUCCUAAUCUUAAACCAGUGGCCACAAGUUCAAAAACAUCAAUGAUCAGAACGCCAUACGAUAAACUAGGAACAAUAGAUCAAGAAACCAAACUCACAAGUUUAUCUAAAGAACAUCAAUCAUUACUUUCACUAGAACUAAAUCCAAAGACAGGAUUAGGCCCAACAUAUUUAAAAGUUUUACACCAAGAACUCAAUCGUACUUAUUUCCUUGACCUUAAAAGGUUUCUUCAAACCGAACCUCAAUCUUCGAUUUUUCCUCCUUCUUCUAUGAUUUAUUCUUGGUCUCAUCGAACUCCUUUGACGUCUAUUAAGGUGGUGAUUAUCGGUCAAGAUCCUUAUCAUGGUCCUGGUCAAGCUCAUGGUCUUGCUUUUUCGGUUCCUAGAGGAAUUCCAAUUCCAGGUUCAUUAAGAAACAUUCAUGAAGAACUCAAACGUGAAUAUCCAGAAGAUUUCAAAAAACCUAAUCACGGUUCACUCGGCACAUGGGCCGAUCACGGAGUCUUAUUACUCAACACUUCCUUAACCGUUCGUAAAUCAUCAGCCGGAUCUCAUGCAGGUCGUGGUUGGGAACAAUUCACAGAUUCGGUGGUAGAUGCUAUUGAUCUGUAUGGUGGAUUAGAUCUUUUAAACCAAUCCAAACCUAAAGAAGAUCCAAAAGACAUGACCCAAGAUCAAACAGAAGAAGGACCAUCAAGUGCGAAAAAACAAAAAGUCGAAAAUGACGAAUGUCAUGAUUUGAUUGAUCAAAGUUUAAAUGGGUUUGGAAAAGGUGUCGUCUUUUUAUGUUGGGGUAAAUGGGCAGCAGAUAGAGUAUCAAGAUUAUCAGAAUCAAAACAUUUGAUUUUAAGAUCGGCUCAUCCUUCACCUUUAUCUGCUCAUCGUGGAUUCUUGGGUAAUGGUCAUUUUAAACUUGCAAAUGAAUGGUUAGCUAAUCGAUAUGGUGAAUCUGCUAUGGUGAAUUGGUGUGAUCUUAAACCUGAUAUACCAAUUAAUAAUCCACUAUCAAUGACAAAAGAAACAUGA